GCCGAUCCUCCCACUCUGGCUGUAAAUUUAUAAGGGAUCUAUCUACCUGUUGAGAUUGGCAGAUCGAGAUUUUUUGUGUCGUGAUGGCGUGUGGUUGGGAACUAGGAAGAUAUCAAGACCCACAUCCUCCGCACCCCCGACACCACCAACCACGCCCACACAGCUAGGACAGGGAGGAAACCAUGAGGCUCUCUAUAUACACAACCGCCAUCGCGGCAGCCAUUAUCACGGGUGCCUUCGCCGCCCCGGCCCGUGCCGACGACGCGUCCGUUUCCGCCGCGGCGGGCACGGCCGGCUGCAGCAAGCCGCAUCCGUUCCCGAGCGUGCCGCGGUACCGCAGCAUUGCCAGCGGCGGGCGAAGCCGGAGCUACUCGCUCCACCUGCCGAGCAACUUCAGCGAGAACACGCCGUACCCCGUCGUGCUAGGCUUUCACGGCUCCAGCAGCAUCGGGCUCUUCUUCGAGGUCGACACCAAGCUGAGCGAGAGCCGCUUCAGCGCCAACAAAAUAAUGGUCUACCCGAACGGCGUUGGAGGCGCCUGGGCUGGCGCGAACUACUCCGAGAUUUCUGUCGACGAGGAUCUGCAGUUCGUGUCGGACCUGCUCGACGACCUGCGCGCCGAGUACUGCGUCGACGAGAGCCGCAUCUACGCGACGGGCAUGUCCAACGGCGGGGGCUUCGUCAACACGAUCGCGUGCAGCGCGGCGGGCGCGGCGUUCGCGGCGUUCGCGGCGGCGUCGGGGUCGUUCUACACGGACAGCGGGGGCGCGGCGUCGGCGGCCUGCGCGCCGGCGCGCGCGCCGCUGCCGCUGCUCGAGAUCCACGGCGCCGCGGACGCGAGCGUGCGGUACGCCGGCGGCGCGGGCGAGGGCGGCGCGCUGCCGCCCGUCGCCGAGUGGCUCGCGCGCUGGGCCGCGCGCAACGCGUGCGGCGACGGCGCGCCCGCGUCCGUCGACCUGAGCUUCGGCGGCAAGGUGCGCCGCGAGAGGUGGACGUGCGGCGGCGCCGAGGGCGUCGUGGAGCACUGGCGCGUUGAAGACAUGGGACACUGCUGGGCCUCGACCGAAAUCAACUUCUCCCAGAUCGCGGCCGGCGAGGGGCCCACGUAUAUCCAGGCCUCGCGGAUCAUCAUGGACUUCUUCGACCGGUUCGCCAAGCCGUGAGUGGGGGGAAGAGGGCGAUUAAUUGUACAGGCGUGUGGAUAUGUAAGGAGUUCUUCUUGGGUUCGUUGUACAUAUCAUCGGAAUAAAUGACUAGGUAAUACCGCGCAUAGACCGUAUCCUCGGGGAAGGG